AUGUCCAGAAGUUGUGACUCGACUGUCUGUGCUCAUUCAUUGGAGCUGGAAUUCAUAAAUGAGAAAUAUCGGGAUGUGCUUGCACACAAUAAUGCAUUGAGGGAGCAGUUAAAUUCACGUAUGCAAGAACCAAUGAAAUAUUUGAAGCUAUGCGAGGAACUGACGAAAGAACGCAAUGAAUUAAAGCAGCAACUGACCGAGACCGAAUAUGAAGUCGCUCAAGUAUUAUCGGAACGUGGCACCGUCUUGAAGGAGAAUCAAAAUCUAUCAGAUAAAAAUGAGUCAUUACGAAAAGAAGUUGAUAAAGUCCUAAAAUCCAGAGAUGAUUUUGCUAAAGAAUGUGAAUCAUUAAGACAGAAAUUGGACGUAAUGAGAAGUCGGAGUGAGUUCCUGCAUUCAAAUGAUGAUCUGUACAGCAGUAAAGACAAAAUGACAUUCUUAAGUCUAGAAGUUGCGAAUCAAGAGAUUGAAAAGUUAAAGAAACUUCUCGAAAAAGUCAACUCAGAAGUCGCGAAGGCUGUCCAAGAAUCAGAAAUAGCAAAAGGACGUAGAGAUUGGGCGAUUCAAGAGCGUGAAAAAAUUGUCCAAGAACGUGACUCGGUUCGCAAUUUGUGUGAUGAAUUGAGAAAGGAACGUGACACAGCAACAUCUAAGCUAUUGGCAGCAAUCCGCGAUAAGGAUGAAGCAUUUAAAAAGAUUGAGCAAUUGAAUGAGAAAAUUGAGAUAUUAAGUAAUGUCAAGAAGAUAUCGGAUGAUUUACACAAGAAGCAGCGCAGUAAUGACAUUGAGGAGAUUGAAAUAGAUGUGGGUGGUCAUAUGAUGAUUAAUCCAAGUAUUGGAAUCAACUUUGAUUUUACUAAUGAGUCGUCCGACUACAAUGGAAAUAGCUACUAUCCGCGUGUGCUUUAUGUUGAGCCAAAUUCAGUAUUUUAUGGUAAAAUACAGGCAAAUGACUGUAUACAGUACAUUAAUGGUGUCGAUUGUUCAACAUUAUCGCAACGAAUGCUCAUCAAGCACAUCCGUACAAGCUCACCAACAUGCAAGAUGAUCGUUAAGCGCACAAAAUCGAUUCUUAAAGGCAUCUAUAAUGUCCAAUUACAACUCAAUAAUGGAAAUCAUGGAAUAUUAUUUGAAAAUGGCGUUUUUAUUGCCAAUAUUGAAAGCAAUUCAGCUGCUUAUUAUGAGCCGUUAUUAAGUGUCGGUGAUCGCGUGUUACAAAUUAAUGAAAAGUCAGUCGAGGGUAUUAAAAACAUUAAUGAAUUUAAUCAGAUCAUGAUGAAUAUUAAAAAUAAUGAGAAACUUUCACUAAAGAUACUUAAAAGUGGACAAAUCAAUGAUGGAUCAAUGUCCUUAAGUAAAGGAUGGAGUCGAAUGACAAAUCAAAGUACACAAACUGAUCAUGGUGACUUAAAAAGAAGUAUUGAGAUGACAAGUUUCUUGCCAAUUGUUCCAUUCAUUCCUCCACCACCACCAUCCGUACAGGAACAAGACACAUCGAUGAUCAAUACAAGUAUUAGCUCAUCAUCGCCCAACUCAUCGAAAUCAUCCAGUAAAUUUACACCGAAAAAUAUGUUCCAAAAGAUACGUGAUGCAAUAUCUAAUACGAAUAAAGAGAAUCAAGAGAAUGAUGCGAUUGCUGUGCUUGAUUCCGUACUUGACAGUCAAGAUUCACUUGAUGUGGCACAAGAGAAAUCAAAGAAAAGUAAACAUAAGAAGAAUAUAGCAAAGAGUUGGCCACGAGCAGCUAUGGCACUACAUGAUAGUGGAAAAUCUCAUUCAGGAACUGUAGUAUUUAAUAAGAAGAAGGAACGACCGCGUUUGUAUUUAAUAUCGACUGAUGAUCAGCCAAAUAAGGAUGAUCGGAAAGAGUCGUUGACUGAGAAGAUGUCAGCAGAGCAGCAAAAAGCAGUCGAUACACUCUUUCAACCUCCAAAGCCGCCCAUCCCAUCACACGAAUCAAAUAUUGUCACUAAAUCCCAUCUUUUUACUCGCAAUAAUGUAAUUCCGCCGAGAUCGACAAUCGGUGGUAAAAGUCCAAUUUACAUGCACACAAUUUACGAGCCGUCAUCGUCAUCGAGCAAUAAUAAGAAUUUCCAUAAUCGACUCAGUCUCAAUUUGUCAAAUACACCACCAAAACCUCAUUUCUUUCCGAAUACAUUCGUGCCGAUAAAAAGUAGCAGCAUCGAAUCGACACAAAUAUCGAAAAGUCCAUUAAAUCAUCCGUCACUUAAAGAUGAUGACUAUACGUCACAGAAGCUUAAUCGAUAUUUAAAUAAUUAUGUGAGUAACAAGUACGACAAUAUGUCGGAUGUUGACAAUUUAAGCAGUUCUGGUGGUGUUUCACAGCAGGACUCACUUAAUAAUGCAAGUAUUGGAACAUUGCCAUCACAUUUGCGUGCACCAUCAAUUGGUCGUGUACAAGGAAGUCCAGGAUUUAAUUCAAGUCCAUAUCGUCACUUGAGUCCACUUCUAUUUCCACCAAAUGACGUUCUAAUGUCAUCGCCAAGUCACGAUCAUAGUUUAGCGCCACAUCACUCGUCUGUGGACUAUUCUUACUCAUCGACUAAGGCACGUGCACAAUUGUCACGUGAAGAGAUGUCUGCAUUUCAGCCAUGGAGUAACAGCAGUGGCAUGUAUCAAGAAAGUGGAACAUUUCCAAGGAAAGUAAAGACAGUAAAAAUGCCACCAAAUCAGGUUGGAUUGCCGGGGUUUACAAUGCCUCCUGAAAGGUCAAAGCCUAUAAAAAUCAGUAACAAUUCGUUGGAUUAUUGCAGUACACCAGAUCGGUCAUCGCCAAUGCCAACAUUUCAGAUCCAAAUCAUCAAACCAGGACGAAAUAUAAAUAUUAAUAAGAGGAACUCAAUGCCACCUUAUGGUAAAGGAUAUAUGCCAAAUAUUGGUGAAAAGCGUCGUGUGGACAUUGAGAAAAGUGAAAAGCCACUGGGCAUAAGCAUUCGAUGUCGUAAAAAUCGAGGAAUUUUCGUAUCACAUGUCGGUGAGAAUUCAAUAGCAAGUCAAGUGGGUCUACAAGUUGGUGAUCAAUUGCUAGAGUUCUGUGGAAUAAAUAUGCGGUCAGCGACUUAUGACUUAGCUGCUAAAUUCCUGAGACAAUGUGGAAAUUCAAUAACAAUGCUGGUUCAAUAUAAUCCAGAAAAGUAUGAGGAACUAAGUACGAGUGACGAAAAUGUCUCACGAUCUGAAGAUUCCACACCUCAAAAUUCUCCAAAAGCUACUCGAUCUGUCAUUUCUACAGACUCUGUUCAGUCGUCAAGUAAACGAAUGUCAUCGGUUCCUCCACCUGAAUCAUCUCAUUCGACUGGAACUAUUAAGAGUCAUCGUAAUACAAUCAUGUCACCGCCUUUGCAAGUUAAGGCUCCUUCAAUCAUCUCUUCAUCUGGAUCUAAUCAGUUGCAUAACAUGAUGGCUGGAAAUUCUAAUACUUUAGGAAAGGAACAGCCGAGAAUUGUUUUUGUUGAGACUAGGAAAAAUCCAAACUUAGGCGUUAGUCUACUCGGUGGAAAUGCCUAUGGCAUCUUCAUUCACAGUGUCCAGAAAGACUCAUUAGCUGAUCAAGCAGGUCUUCGUGUUGGUGAUCAAAUCUUAGAAUAUAAUGGAACUGAUUUGAGACGAGCAACUGCUGAAUAUGUCGCAUUUGAACUUGCUAAGCCUGCUGAUAAGGUUACAGCUCUUGUGCAGUAUAAUGUCCAUAAAUUCAAUCAAAUCAAGGACGUGCCUGGCGAUUCCUUCUAUAUCCGUGUCAAUUUCGAACGAAAUGCGGAAUCAAAUGAAGCUGAAUUGUCAUUUUCAAAGGAAGAUGUACUUUAUGUCGAUAAUACAAUGUUCCGAGGAGUUUCUGGUCAAUGGCGUGCUUGGAAACUCGACGAAUAUGGAUGUCGUGUACAAUGUGGCAUCAUUCCUAGUCAAAUGAAAGUUGAAGAGGACUUACGUCUGAACGGAGAAGUGUCAGAAGAUACACAUUCGAAUCGCAGAAGCUCCACAUCAUAUCGUCGAUCAUUUUUUAAGCGAAUAAAGCCACAAAGAGGUUCAUCAAGAGAUUCAAAGGAACUAGCAAGCUUUAGCAAUACGCAUUUAAGCUUGUAUUUAGAGGCAUCAUCCAUAAAUGAGGAUAGUCUUGUUGGCUAUCAGCGUGUUGAACGGCUGGACUAUAUGUAUCGUCCAGUUCUUGUUAUAGGAGCUUUAAGUGAAUGGGUUGUGGAUAAAUUAAUAAGUGACUUCCCCGAACAAUUUCAUCGAUGCAUUGUCAACCAAAUGAAAUGCAGUAAAGAGGAAAUAGAAAUGAGACUCAAUAAUAAUCAGAUUAUUGAAUAUCGACGUCGUGGAAGCUUGUUCGAAUGCGUUUCGUUGGAAGCAGCUAAGGAUAAUAAGGAAUCACAUUGCAUCCUAGAUGUAAACUUAUCAGCUGUCGAACGACUUCAUCGAAAUCAAAUCUACCCGAUCGUCUUACUACUUAAAUUUAAAUCUGCGAAACAAAUUAAAGAAAUUAAGGAUUCACGUUAUGGAAGUGAUAAAUUUUCAGCUAAACAGGCUAAGGAAAUGUACGAGCAUGCCUUGAAAUUGGAAUCGGAGUAUAGACAAUAUAUUUCUGUCGUGAUUCAAGGCGUGAAUAUCACUCAUAUGAGUACGCAAAUCAAAACAGCAGUCGAUAUUGAGCAGAAAAAGAUUUUAUGGGUUCCAGUUCCAAACUAA